ACGAGCAAGACAGCGCGGCAGACAGCUGCGCUGGUCUCUGGGCUAACCCAAGGCUAUUACACAUGUCAUACCCAAACUUUAAAUCAUCACGUUUCCUGACCGCUGUCCUUCUGCCAAAGCCAAACCAGUCUGUUGCAGACGGCACAGACAUUCUGUGAUCCAGACUCGCCGGAGGGGAAGAGGGCAGACUGGGAGCAUCAGUUUCUUCAUCAACCUCCAUCCAUCCUCCACCCCCACCCCCCAAAAACACUCAGGAGAGACUGCGGACAAGCAAAAAGCCGUCAUGCCUGCAGACUUGCAUACUGGGUGCGAUUUACAAAGGGGUAUCCAGUCAACCCAAGUGACUCGCUGAACCUUCCUCAACCACAACAACAAGUAGGAUUUUUGACCAGUUAUCACCAAAACGAGGCUGUCUAAAGCCUCCUCAACACAGCUGCAUCCAAAACAUGCGACCAGCAGAGCGCCCAAAAGAACAGUCUAGCUUGUAAAGUCUCAGCAACAUGUCGUCACAGCGUUACAUGAGCGGACUCUACAUGCCAACUACCUGGAGAUGUUUCCUUCAACGUUAAAAUGACUUAAAUACUUACAACAUGUCGUGACAAUGUGAAACGAGGCUCGUAAAUGUAUUUUGCAAGGAGACACACUAUUAAGUUAUCGAGGAAAGAGAAACUUCAAUGACUUCAUCAACUGCGCCCAUAUAGCCAAACAGGUGUCACCCUACAAUUCAAAAAGAGUUAUUAGAUAGUAAAACCCAAGUACUAUCUGUCCAAAUAUACCCUUUUAUGGGGGCAUCUUUUAAACAGUGUAAGAGGUGAAUCACCAGUGAAGAAACGAAAAAUGGAGUUUGCGAUGGUGGGUGCAGACAGUGGCGGGUGCAACAGUCACCUUCCUUACGGCUAUGCCCAGGCUCGCGCUAGGGAACGGGAGCGAGAGAAAGAGCGACAGUCGCGGGCGGCUGCCGAAACCGGGGGAGCGGGUGAAGAAGGAGGGGGCCAUUCGUGCAACCAGCAGCAACAGCAUCAGUCUCGCGCCGCCUCCUCAUCGAAUGCCAACAACAGUAGCGGCGGGAACGCCUCGCGCCCCUCCUCCUCCUCCUCCACCUCCCCAUACUCACAACAGCCUCAACAGCAGCAGCAACACCACGAGCCACAACAGCAACUUCUCAGAGAACGGAAAAAGAAGCGAGGCGUCGCGCGGUGGAGGCGAAACCGUGCGGCUCUCGGAGGAGACUUGCGCCACUCGGAGUUGGCGCUUCUCGGAUCGGAGGAGGACAUUAUGAUAGAGGAGGAGGAGGCGGAAGGCGAAGAGGAAGAGGAGGACAGGGGAAUCAAGAGACAUAGCUUCAUUUAUAACAUGGAUGAUGACGAGACUAUCUCUCUUACUGACAGGCGUCCCCAGUCAGGAUAUGAAAAUGUUUACAGUGAGUAUGGCUGCUGCGAGAGAGUUGUGAUCAACGUAUCGGGUCUGAAGUUUGAGACCCAGAUGAAGACUCUCGCUCAGUUCCCGGACACUCUCCUGGGGGAUCCCGAAAAGAGAAUCAGGUAUUUCGACCCUCUUCGGAACGAAUACUUUUUUGACAGGAACCGACCAAGCUUCGAUGCCAUUCUGUACUAUUACCAAUCAGGGGGGCGAUUAAAGAGACCCGCUAAUGUUCCAUUUGACAUUUUUUCCGAGGAAGUUAAGUUCUAUGAACUAGGAGAUGAGGCAAUGUUGAAGUUUCGCGAAGACGAGGGCUUUGUGAAGGAGGAAGAGAAACCGCUACCAGAGGACGAGUUCAAACGUCAAAUUUGGCUCUUGUUUGAAUAUCCCGAGAGCUCCAGCCCAGCCAGAGGCAUUGCGGUUGUGUCCGUUUUAGUAAUCGUCAUAUCAAUUGUUAUUUUCUGCUUAGAAACAUUGCCAGAGUUCAGGGACGACAAGGAAUUUCUUACUCCAGGUACUAAUUCGUCACAUGUUGACAAUGGAUUUACACCUUUCAACGACCCGUUUUUCAUUGUGGAGACGGUAUGCAUAAUUUGGUUUUCCUUUGAAAUAAUAGUGCGUUUCUUUGCCAGUCCGAGUAAACCGGCGUUCUUCCAAAACAUUAUGAACUCAAUUGAUAUAGUUUCCAUUUUGCCUUAUUUCAUUACGCUCGGGACUGAUCUGGCACAGCAACACAGUAAAGGCAAUGGACAACAGGCCAUGAGUUUCGCUAUCCUCCGAAUAAUUCGACUGGUGAGAGUGUUUCGUAUAUUCAAACUCUCACGACACUCAAAGGGACUACAAAUCCUCGGACAUACGCUUCGUGCGAGCAUGCGAGAGCUGGCUUUGCUCAUCUUCUUCCUCGUCAUUGGCGUCAUCCUCUUCUCCAGUGCGGUGUACUUCGCCGAGGCGGACGAGCCCACGUCUCAGUUCACCAGCAUCCCCGACGCUUUUUGGUGGGCGGUUGUUACCAUGACAACGGUGGGUUACGGAGACAUGAAACCCAUAACAGUCGGUGGCAAGAUAGUGGGCUCGCUCUGUGCCAUUGCAGGAGUCUUAACCAUAGCCCUGCCCGUUCCUGUUAUCGUGUCUAAUUUCAACUACUUCUACCACAGAGAGACAGAUAACGAGGAUCAGACACCUGUCGUGUCUGAACCCCCGCCCGGUUGCCCGUAUUUCCCGGACUUCUUCAAGAAAUUCAAAGGGUCAGCGUCUGGCUCCUCGUUAGGUGACAAAGCGGCCGAGUACAUGGAAAUGGAGGAAGGAGUGACGGAAUCUCUGUGCGGCUUGGACAAGAGCCCCAGUAAAGGCAACGGCACAGACAUAAGUCGAAAAAACAGUACGACCUCGAGGACACUACAGACAGACGUGUGACCAUAACAUGCAAAAAUGACAAAUAACCUUUCUCUUAUAGAUGUCAUGGAGAGGAUUGCACAAAAAUAUUUCUUUCCAAACAGCGGCACACAUGCAUUCGCGCGCGCCGGCCACCCCUGCGCGUCACGCGUACAGCUCCCAGCAAAGCAUCCAAAACAUACACACACACACACACACACACACACACAAACACACACACACACACACACACG